AUGCGUGCGAGACCUAGCGCCUAACGAGACAGCGACAGAAAACCACACAUUUCUAUAUAGAAUAUUACAGUAUUAUAGAGGUCUGUGGAGAAAACGUGUUCUUUCAAUUUUGUUUUGGACCGUUCGUGACUUGUUCCGAAGUCAUGAAACGGCGUGACCAACGUUUCCGACGCUAAAACGGGGCGAAAUACGUGACGGUGUUGGUACCGCAACAGUAUAUAUGUAUACAUAUAUUAUAUAUUUAUAUAUAUAUAUAUAUGUAUAUGUGUAUAUAUAUAUUACGGUGAUUGUUAGUGGCGGGUUUAUUUUCUAACAAAGGAACGAUGGUGGUUUCCAAACAUUCCGUUAGAGCGCCACCGUUUGCAACGCAAUUCCUGUGCAUUCCUCGGCGGCUCGGCGGCACCUGUUGUAUUUUUUAUUUAUUUUCAUCUUGUUGAACUCGACACCCGUGACUUACCAGCUUACCGUCAACAGCGAAAUCCGACAGUAUUUUCCUUCACACAGCAUCGAAACCGUGACAGAAGAAACGACGGGAUUGUGGAAGUACCUAGUUGUAAUCGAAUUCGUAUUUAAUACGUUAUACGUCGCAAUCAGAACGCGCUAUUUCUCUUUUUGGCGGAAAUCAUGACCGAAGAACAUCAAUUAUUAGCAACCGUCGACGAAGCCGAAAACAAAGAUGUCGGACAUCAGUCUGAGAUCUCUGAUAGCAUGAUGUUUUUGUUUACUUCCGAAUCCGUGGGCGAAGGACAUCCGGACAAAAUGUGUGAUCAAAUCAGUGAUGCUAUUUUGGACGCACAUUUAAAACAAGAUCCUGAUGCAAAAGUGGCUUGUGAAACUGUAACCAAAACUGGAAUGGUAUUACUUUGUGGAGAAAUUACAUCUAAAGCUAAAGUUGAUUAUCAAAGUGUGGUUCGUAACACAAUACAGCAUAUAGGUUAUGAUGAUUCAUCAAAAGGUUUUGAUUAUAAAACAUGUUCAGUGUUGCUUGCCAUUGAUCAACAAUCUCCCAACAUUGCUUCUGGUGUACAUAUCAAUAAAUCAGAUGAGGAGAUUGGUGCUGGAGAUCAAGGCCUCAUGUUUGGCUAUGCUACUGACGAAACUGAAGAAUGUAUGCCGUUAACGUUGGUACUGGCUCAUAAACUUAAUGAAAAAAUAGCUGAACUUCGAAGAAAUGGAAAACUUUGGUGGGCACGCCCUGACACAAAAUCACAGGUAACUUGUGAAUAUCACUUAGUCGGUGGUGCAUGUGUUCCACAAAGAGUUCAUACAGUUGUAAUAUCUGUACAACAUUCUGAAAAAAUAACUCUGGAAGACAUAAGAAAAGAAGUUAUGUUGAAAGUUAUCAAGGCGGUUAUACCAGUAGAGUAUAUUGAUGAUAAAACCGUUUUCCAUAUCAAUCCCUGUGGUCAAUUUAUAAUGGGCGGUCCUCAAUCUGAUGCUGGCCUGACUGGACGAAAGAUAAUUGUUGAUACAUAUGGAGGUUGGGGAGCUCAUGGAGGUGGCGCAUUCUCUGGCAAGGAUUUUACUAAAGUUGAUCGUUCAGCUGCAUAUGCAGCUCGUUGGGUUGCUAAGUCUUUGGUAAAAUCUGGACUUUGUAAACGUUGUCUUGUACAAGUAUCUUAUGCUAUUGGUGUAGCAGAACCGAUAUCAAUUACACUUUUCCAUUAUGGCACAUCUACUAAAUCCCAAAAAGAGUUGUUGGAUAUUGUACGCAAUAAUUUUGAUUUGAAACCAGGAAAAAUUGUCAAGGAUUUAAAUCUACGUAAUCCGAUUUAUCAACAAACAAGCUCAUAUGGACAUUUCGGCCGUGACAUAUUUCCAUGGGAAAAACCCAAAAUCCUAUUUGAGUGACUUCUUAUCCCGAUACCGACUUCUUAUCUUCAACCAAAUGAUCAGAUUUAUUUUAAUUUUAUUACUAACAAAUAACUAAUAGUUAAUUGAAGAUUCAAUAUAUUAUUCUUAAGUUUUUAUAAUUUUAUUUUAUUGAUUUUCUUUUUUAAAAUAUAUAAAUAUUUUUUUAAUUUUAUAAAGAAUGUAAUUUACAAACAUAUUAUUAAAAGUAUAUAUUAUGGCAGCGGUUCUUAAACUAUCUUUCGUGGAGCCCUUGAGAUGCUGAAAAAAUGUUCGGAGCCCCAAAAACUUGAAAUACCAAU